GGUAAAUCCAGCCUUAUAAAUAUCAUCAAUAAAUAAAUAAACAACCUCCAAGUGAAGCAGUCAAACAAUGAAGGAGCAGUGGAGAACGGUGAUUUCAAUGUGCUGCAGGUGACUUUGUCGUCACGUGACAGCAGUGCAGCGUUGUUGUGGUUCUAGAGCCGAGACCGGUGCACACUGACAGCUCGCCGGCUCUGUGCGUCCUGUGCGUCCUGUGCGCAUUUACGCGCCUCCGAAAAAUAUCCCUCGCCAAGCGCGCGCGGAUCAAUGGGGGGCAGCAACAUUUAACCUAAAGCCUCUCAGAGGAGGAGCGUGUAUACGCCGCGAGCAAAGGGUCCCGCGGCAUCCAGGGCAGAGAGAGAGAGCGAGAGAGAGCGAGAGAGGGGAGGCUGGGCUCGGAUUUCAGAGACGCGCAACUGUGGCGACCGAACCUGCGCGGCACACUGUUGGAUCCACUCAGAGGAGAGACGCAGCGACUGGCAGGACGCACGCAGCGGAACACACAGAGGAGUACGAGUCCGUCCCUGUGGAGCAGGAACCUCCCCGACCCGCUGAGCACGCAGCUGCACUAUGCCCCGCGGUGUCUGACGUUGACGCCGUUGCUCAUCUGAGUGCCGCAAAGUAAAGUUUGGAGACAGUUUGGAGUGAAAAUAUACAGCUGCUUAAAAAAAAAUCCUCCCUGCCCAAAAACACAGUCGAGACUUUGCCUCUCAGCUCCAACGGGCGCGGGACCUCGGGAGUCCUCUUCACCUGAUGAAUAGAGGGAUUUCUGCGUGGAUAACAAAAGUUCGAGUGGUUUGAACAUGGAUGAGCACCAGCAGCGGGGAGUCGCCGGUAAACCGGGAGAGGAGAGGCGGCAGCAGCAGCCUUCCAAACAGCCGCGCUGGAGGAAUUGGAGAGAUCUGCCGGGCGCGAUGAUUUGCAUCGCAGCUUCUGUUCUGUGCCUCGGGCUGUGCGUCGUGGUUUUGGUGCGGACCUCGGAGCUGCACAGCCGGAUAGUAAGCCUGGAGCAGCGGCAGCGGGACGCGCAGCUCUCCGCCUGGACGUUGUCCCUGGAACAGGUGGAGCCCGUUAUCCUGGGCCGGCUGGACCAGAUCCUGGAGGAGAAGCUUGCAGCGAGACUACCGAAGACGCGGGAGUCGAGGGAGGCUCCAUACAGCUGCCUGUGUCCCCCAGAUCUUUUGUGGCCCCCGUUGGUUCCCGCCGCCCCGAGGGCCGAACAACAGAUCACCGUGUUCCAAAGCAGAAGUUGAAUGAAACCCUCGGGGCGCCUGAAUGCAACCCCAACAUUAAGUCAAUGAAAAGGAGCCGGGGCGACGUGCUCAUUAAAAGCUCCGGCCCGGUUUGCAGAAAGGCGCUGACUGUGCAUCUCUAGAGCGGAGAUGAAUUAGCGAGUGGAGGAAAUGUGACCUUGUAUCCC